CCACGCCCGCCGGCGCGCAACGCGACCUGAAAAAAGGAUAUCGGAACACUUUAUCGGGAACACUUUCCAUCGCUAGUUGCUGGACCAGACACCUUUGCUGCUGCACUUCUCACGUAUUGCAUUGCCUCCUUUGACUAUCUCUUCCUUAUCAUUUGAUCAAAUCAAUACUUUCAUUGCCCAUCACCUAAGGCUCCUCCACCAUGGAGAGCUUUGACAACAUCUACCUCGACCUCUCUAAACAGCACGGAAAGUGCAAACUCGCAGAGUCCGGCCUGGGAUGGAAGCCCUCAGGGGGAGGCGAAACCUUUACUCUCGACAGCAGCAACAUCGGCGCAGCCCAGUGGAGCCGUGCGGCGAGGGGAUAUGAGCUGAAAAUCCUGUCGCGCUCCUCCGGAGUCAUUCAGCUGGAUGGAUUCGACCAAGAGGACUUCGAGCGCGUGAGCAAGGCGUUCAGAAUCUGGUAUGGAAUCAACUUGGAUAACAGAGAACAUGCGCUUCGGGGUUGGAAUUGGGGCAAGGCAGAAUUCACGAAAGCAGAGCUCUCCUUCAAUGUCCAGAACCGGCCGGCCUUCGAGAUCCCUUACUCCGAGAUUUCCAACACGAAUCUGGCUGGAAAGAACGAGGUCGCCGUGGAAUUCGCGCUCGGCGGCGAUGGAAAUGCGCCCGCACAGCCCUCUGGCAGCACCAAGAGCCGCGGUCGGAAAGCCGCCGCGGGUCCGGACGAGCUGGUUGAGAUGCGGUUCUACAUCCCCGGCACGGCUGUGAAGACGGAGAAGGGCAUCAAGGAGGAGAAUGCGGACGACGAGAAUGGGGAGGGCGAGCAAGAAGAGGGCGAAGAGCAAAAUGCUGCGAACUUGUUCUACGAGACACUCAUGGAGAAGGCCGAGAUUGGAGACGUGGCGGGCGACACUUUUGCUACUUUCUUGGAUGUUCUUCACCUGACGCCCAGAGGUCGUUUCGAUAUCGACAUGUACGAGGCGUCGUUCCGUUUGCGCGGUAAGACCUACGACUACAAGAUCCAAUACGCAUCUAUCAAGAAGUUCUUCUUGCUUCCGAAGAACGACGAUACCCACACAUUGAUUGUUUUGGGUCUGGAACCCCCACUACGACAAGGCCAGACUCGCUAUCCUUUCUUGGUUAUGCAGUUGAAGCUUGAUGAGGAGAUUAGUCUGGAGCUCAACAUGACAGAUGAACUCAUGGAGACGCGCUACAAGGACAAGUUGGAACCCCGUUACGAGGAACCCAUCCACCAAGUGGUCACGAAGAUCUUCCGUGGACUCUCCGGCAAGAAGGUUAUUACGCCGUCGAAGGAUUUCAUCAGUCACCAUGGCCACAGCGGCGUCAAGUGUUCGAUCAAGGCCAACGAAGGUCUUCUGUAUUUCUUGGAUAAGAGUUUGAUCUUCGUUCCCAAGCCGGCUACGUACAUUCAACUCGAGAAUGUUGCAGUGGUCACUAUGUCUCGCGUUGGCGGUGCCAUCUCGGCCAGCAGAACGUUUGAUAUCACAGUCAGCUUGAAGGCCGGUCUGGGCGAGCAUCAAUUCAGCAACAUCAAUCGUGAGGAGCAACAACCCCUCGAAGAGUUCUUCAAGGCGAAGAACAUCCGACUCAAAAACGAAAUGUCCGAUGACACUUCUGCUCUUAUCGCGGCCGCUCUUGAUAACGACGAUAUGGCCUCGAGCGACGACGAUGCCGUUCGCCCUGACCGUGGCUCGGCCGACGAGGAUGAGGAAUCUAUUGACGAGGACUUCCAGGCUGAGUCCGACUCGGAUGUCGCAGAAGAGUAUGAUUCUGCGCACGAGAGCAGCGGCAGCGACAGUGAUGCCCAGAUGGACGAUGCAUCCGACGGUGGGGACGAUGAUGAGGAUGUAGAGAUGUCAGACGGCGGACGGCCGAAGAAGAAGUCGAAGGUUGGCAAAUAAGCCAUCAGACCGCCUUACCUCGCCGGCACAUGCCAACAUGAUACUUCGCCCAUAAUGAAUACGAAACUCGAGUAACGGUUAGCACUGUGCUACUUGUUUUCUUCCACUGUAAUGCGACGCCGAAAGGACUGUAUUGCUGCUUCGCAAAUGUCAAAAGUGUAGGUAUACUGUGUGGUGUGUGCUGUGAAUUUUAAACAACUACAAUUCGUGUCGGCGGACUAUUCCAGAGAGACACAGCUAUUUGGACAGGAUGCUUCCAG